UUGUUUUAAAAUGUUAUAAAUGAUUUCUUAGCAAAGGAGGUUAAUAUCGUGUUUCACGGCAAUCUGUCAGGACCCAGGAAUCGCUUCCUCUUCCGCCCUGGCCUGGUCUCCGCAGAGGAUUUGUUGCCAUCAUGUCGGCUGCGAUUGCAGCUCUGGCGGCUUCCUAUGGUUCGGGUUCAGGGUCUGAGUCGGACUCGGACAGUGAGGGCAGUCGAUGUCCUCUGCCAGCCGCCGACUCCCUCAUGCACUUGACUAAAUCGCCUUCAGCCAAGUCCUCUCUGAAAGUGGCGGUGGACUCGGCUCCGGAGGUGGCAGUUAAGGAAGAUUUGGAGACUGGAGUUCACCUUGACCCUGCUGUAAAAGAAGUUCAGUAUAAUCCUACCUAUGAGACCAUGUUUGCUCCCGAGUUUGGACCUGAAAAUCCCUUUAGGACACAGCAAAUGGCUGCCCCUAGAAAUAUGCUUUCUGGAUAUGCUGAACCAGCUCAUAUCAAUGAUUUUAUGUUUGAACAACAAAGAAGAACUUUUGCCACAUAUGGUUAUGCAUUAGACCCUUCAUUAGAUAAUCAUCAAGUGUCUGCUAAAUAUAUAGGUUCGGUGGAAGAAGCUGAAAAAAAUCAAGGUUUAACUGUGUUUGAAACUGGUCAGAAGAAAAUAGAGAAGAGGAAAAAGUUCAAAGAAAAUGAUGCAUCUAAUAUUGAUGGUUUCUUGGGACCAUGGGCAAAAUAUGUGGAUGAAAAAGAUGUAGCGAAGCCUUCAGAAGAAGAACAAAAAGAAUUGGAUGAAAUCACAGCAAAGAGGCAGAAAAAAGGCAAACAGGAGGAAGAGAAACCUGGGGAAGAGAAGACAAUCUUACACGUUAAGGAAAUGUAUGACUAUCAGGGCAGGUCCUAUCUUCACAUACCUCAGGAUGUUGGUGUUAAUCUCCGGUCAACUGUGCCACCUGAAAAGUGUUACCUUCCCAAAAAACAAAUUCAUGUGUGGUCUGGACACACAAAGGGUGUCAGCGCAGUCAGAUUGUUUCCUCUCUCCGGCCAUUUAUUGCUGUCUUGUUCCAUGGACUGUAAAAUUAAGCUAUGGGAGGUUUAUGGAGACCGGCGCUGUUUGCGAACAUUUAUUGGUCACAGUAAAGCUGUUAGGGACAUCUGCUUCAAUACUGCAGGGACACAGUUCCUCAGUGCAGCCUAUGACAGGUACCUUAAGCUCUGGGAUACUGAGACAGGACAAUGUAUAUCAAGAUUUACAAACCGAAAAGUGCCCUAUUGUGUCAAAUUUAAUCCUGAUGAAGAUAAGCAAAAUCUCUUUGUGGCUGGGAUGUCUGAUAAGAAGAUUGUGCAAUGGGACAUUCGAAGUGGAGAAAUUGUGCAGGAGUAUGAUCGGCAUUUGGGAGCUGUCAACACCAUUGUUUUUGUUGAUGAGAAUAGAAGAUUUGUGAGCACAUCUGAUGAUAAGAGCCUAAGAGUUUGGGAAUGGGAUAUCCCAGUGGAUUUCAAGUAUAUAGCAGAACCCAGUAUGCACUCAAUGCCUGCAGUGACUUUGUCUCCAAAUGGGAAAUGGCUAGCAUGCCAAUCAAUGGACAACCAAAUCUUAAUUUUUGGAGCACAGAACAGAUUUAGAUUAAAUAAGAAAAAAAUUUUUAAAGGCCAUAUGGUAGCAGGCUAUGCUUGUCAAGUAGACUUUUCACCAGACAUGAGCUAUGUGAUUUCAGGAGAUGGAAAUGGAAAGUUAAACAUUUGGGACUGGAAGACCACAAAACUCUAUAGUCGAUUUAAAGCUCAUGAUAAAGUGUGUAUAGGUGCAGUGUGGCAUCCUCAUGAAACAUCUAAGGUCAUAACAUGUGGUUGGGAUGGUCUCAUUAAGUUGUGGGAUUAAUCUUUGUACUAUCCAGGAUCAUUUUUGAUCCAUUGUCAUAUUUAACUGUAUUUAAUUAUUAAAUGUGUUUGUUGAUACCCUGAUUUUUACAGAUAAUGUUUCCUUACAUAGCCAUAUGACCUUGUGCUAUUGUUUGUAAAAUUGACUUAUAAUUCCAUUGGCAACUUCAUUUUGUUCUUUAUAGGUAUUGUUUUUACAGAAAAUGACCAUUGACUUUCUAUUUUGCAAGUAGUUAUUGUUGGCAGGCAAUUUUGUUUUGUCUUCAUGACAUUCUAAAAGGAUCCCUUUGGGAUCGCAAAAGAAUCCCUAGUGGAUUUUGAAUCCUAGAGGAAGUAAUAUAAUUAAUGAAUCAUAAAGGUACCAUGUACUCACCACUUCAACCAAAAGGACAAGACAGAACAGGGUUGAUAUAAUUUAAUAUAAAUCUGAAAGAAGGAUAAAGCCACCUGUAUUUAUUAUACCCAUUAUUUUCAGUGGGUCAAGUUCUAAUCUUUUGGCUUUAGGAGUUCUAUUUUCAAUGACAUAUGUUAUAUAUUUUUAGCUGUAAAUUAGUAAUCGUUAGCUGUAGCAUUCUUCUAUUAAACAAUGUAAAAUAAAAAAUCAGUUCAGAGUUCUUUCCUUGACUUUCUUCCCUGAUCAGUGUAGACAGUGUAAUUUAAGUUGUACACGAACUUUAUGUCCACCUUGUAUAUUUUAAUCAGAGAAUUACAUUAUUUCUGAAGAUGGAACUAAGAAAAUGAGCCAAGACUUUGAAUUUCAUCUAUCUUCACUAUCAGUAGGGACAUGGCUACAUUUUCAAAAAAUUGCCUCGUAGAUUUUACUACUGAAGUCCUCCUUAUAGGAGAAUAAGGUAUGAGGGCAUAGUCCAAAAUAUCACCUUGUAAUUUCCUUGAAGUCAUAUGUUUUACCUUUAAAAUCAUUCUGAUUUUCCUUGUGAAUGUACAUGACAGAGCUGUUCAAGUUGUUUUUGUUUGUUUUUUUAAAUAAUUUAAACUGUUUUAAAAGUUUAAACCUCUUUAUAAGCCUUUGGGGGAAAAAAUGGACUCUCCAAGAAAAUGGCUAGGGUUCCGAGUUUGAGAAGCAGCGACCAUGGUGAGAAAUAGUUUAAAAAUUUCAGAUUAUCAAAUCAAGAUAGUGUCUUGAUUAUAGUAGCUAAUAGCACUUUAGUUUGACAAGCCAUUCCUCCUGUUUUAUUAUGAGUCUAUAUUAGAUGUUUGAACAUGGUUUGAAAUAUUUCAGUACCAUACUGGAAAAGAUUGGUUUGAUAGCUGCUCAGAGUGCCAACUUGGAGAUCAAAAUCAUGUUGAGUGUUGCUAACCUAAGAGCACUAAGCUCUGAGUCCUGUGCUCUCAUAGUAUUGCAUGCUCCUUGCCCUUAGCUUUUUUAAAAAUUUAAAUUUUAAAAGGCCUAGGCCAUAUAGGCACAUACAAAUAAAUUUCAAAGAAGGAAAUAGAAAAAAGUGCAGGAGAUGUAUUUUUCGACACACAGGCACUCAAGGAAAUACCGACGUACUGCCUAGCUGCUGCCAUUUCUGUAACUGCCAGGAAGGGUGGCAGAUUCUGCAGGGGAAACGAAUCAGACACAACCUUCUCUUUAGUCCCAACCACUGGUUUUAACAAAUGUGAAUUAUUGAAAUGUGAUGGGACAGAAAGAACCAUACAUUUAAACUGUCUUGUUUGGCACCAGUAUUGUAAGUUACAAAUCAUAAUUUCUAAAUCUGGAGUUAUUUUACUGUGUUUCUGACUGUUUCUAAACUAAGUAACUGUAUAUAAAAGUUGUCUCUUUUUUUUAAAAGAUCAUAUUUUUAAAUAAAGCAUUUUUUAUAGAAA